UUUCGAGUUAAAUUUUUUUUUAUUUUUUCAAUAAAAUCAUGCAUUAUAAUUGUUUUACUCAAGUAAAUUGUAGUUUUACUCAAAACGAUAAAAGAAAUGAGAAAUUUAAUUUUGAUGCCAUUUUAGAACAAAAAUGGAUAGAAGCCCAAAAAAAUAAAAUAUUUCGUUAUAUAUUAAACAUUAAAGAAUCAAAAAUAUUAAAAGGCAAAUAUCAUUUUUUAAUCCAGCUCAAUACUGAUCGUGGUUAUAAAAGAAGAUCUCCAGAGAAUAUAAUAUCAAUGAAACAAUCAUUCAAUGACAAACAAUUUAAUUUUACAAAAGUUAAACCAGAAGAACAAAUAAUGAAUUUAGGUAGUAUAGAUAAAGAUGAUGUAAUUGUAAUUAAUGUUAGUCCAAUUGAAUAUUGCCAUUCUUUAUUGCUGCCACAGAAUAAACAAUUACCUCAAGUUAUAACCAAAUAUAGCUUAUUUAAAGCUAUUGAAUUAUUUUCAUUAAGUUCUUCAUUAUAUCUCAGAGUGGCUUUUAAUAGUCUUUGUGCAUAUGCAUCUGUAAACCAUCUUCAUUGGCAUUUAUAUUAUUUGAAAUGGAGAAUGUUAUUGGAAUACAUUGAUCUCAAAGAAUAUAUAGGACCUGUACAAAUAUUAGAAAAAUAUCCAGCAAAGGCAUUUUGUAUAAAGUAUUCUAAUGUUCAGAACAUAGAUGAUUUUGUUAAUUGGGCAUUUUUAAUAAUAAAUUAUUUACAAAAUGCACAAAUAGCACAUAAUGUUUAUAUUACAAGAGCAAAAUUAAAUUGUACAGAAGAAUAUAAAGAUUUACGGAUUUAUAUUUGGAGUAGGAAAUCAAGUGAAGGUACAAAAAAUAUUAAUGCUUUUAAUCCAGCAGCUUGUGAACUUUUUGGACAUUUAUUAUUAAAAUCUGAAGAAACAUAUAAGAACAUUUCUGAGGAAUAUGUAGUGAAUAUUUUACAAAAUAUAACUGAAGAAACUUUCUAUUCAAUUUUUUCUGAAAUAAAAAAUUUAAUAAAAUAUCAAAUAAAAUAAAUUUUUAAUGAAUUAGAAAUUCAA